AUAUAUUUUUACAUAAUUUAUUUUUUUAAAUAAUUUUAUACAAAGUUUUUUCAAUAAAUAAAAAGUUAAGAAAAAAUCUUGCUAGAAAAAAGAACUAAAAGUUAAACAUGGCGCAGCAACAACAACCAGCCUACGAGAAUAAGUUUAUUUAUGCCACUUUACCUCGCACUCAACGUGGCCAACCAAUUGUUUUGGGUUCCGAUCCUAAAGGCAAAAAUUUCCUGUAUACCAAUGGCAAUUCUGUUAUUAUACGCAAUAUAGAGAAUCCCGCUAUUGCUGAUGUCUAUACAGAACAUUCAUGUGCUGUUAAUGUAGCCAAAUAUUCGCCAAGUGGUUUUUAUAUUGCCUCAGGAGAUCAAUCUGGUAAAAUUCGUAUUUGGGAUACUGUUAAUAAGGAGCAUAUAUUGAAAAAUGAAUUUCAACCUAUUGGUGGACCCAUUAAGGAUAUUGCCUGGUCUCCAGACAACCAACGUAUUGUUGUAGUGGGUGAGGGACGUGAACGUUUUGGUCAUGUGUUUAUGACUGAGACUGGUACCUCGGUGGGUGAAAUCAGUGGCCAAUCUAAACCCAUUAAUUCUUGUGAUUUUAGACCCGCUAGACCUUUCCGUAUUGUUACUGGCAGCGAGGAUAAUACCAUUGGUAUUUUCGAAGGCCCACCCUUCAAAUUCAAAAUGACCAAACAGGAACACUCACGUUUCGUUCAGGCCGUACGCUAUUCACCCGAUGGCAAAUUCUUUGCCUCAGCUGGUUUUGAUGGCAAAGUGUUUAUGUAUGAUGGUGCCACCUCCGAGUUGAUUGGUGAGUUCGGCAGUCCUGCUCAUAAGGGUGGUGUCUAUGCUGUAGCAUGGAAGCCCGAUGGUACACAAUUGUUGACUUGUUCCGGCGAUAAGACCUGUCGUUUGUGGAAUGUCGAGACUAGGGAAUUGAUCUCAGAAUUUAUUAUGGGCACCACCGUAGAUGAUCAACAGGUGUCCUGUUUGUGGCAGGGAGAACAUAUAUUGACGGUGUCGCUUUCCGGACACAUUAGCUAUUUGAAUGUUGAUGAUCCCUCUAAGCCAUUGCGCGUGAUUAAGGGUCAUAACAAGCCCAUAACUGUUUUGGGUUUGAGUGAUGAUCGCAGUACUAUUUAUACGGGUAGCCACGAUGGUGUAGUUACUAGCUGGAAUUCCGGCAGUGGUGUCAAUGAUCGUGUCCAAGGUGCUGGCCAUGGCAAUCAAAUGAACGGCAUUGCUGCCUGGGGUGAUUUUGUCUACACAUGCGGCAUUGAUGAUAGUUUACGUCAAUUUAGCAUUGAAUCGAAUGCCUUUACCGACUAUGUGGUCAAACUAAAUUGCCAACCCCGUGGUUUGGCCAUUCUACGCAACGAAAACAUUAUUGCUGUGGCCUGUGUCAAGGAAAUCACUUUGGUCCAAGACCAAAAGAAAGUCUUCUCAUUGCCCAUUAAAUACGAAGCCAGCAGUAUUGCUGCCAAUCCUGAAACUUUGGACAUUGCUGUGGGUGGUGAUGAUCAAAAAUUGCGUGUUUACUCUUAUAAGGGUACAAGCUUGGAGCUCAAAUGUGAAUUGGAUCAUUUGGGUGCCGUAACAGACUGUUCGUACUCGCCAGACAAUAAGUAUUUGGUGGCCUGUGAUGCCCACCGCAAAGUUGUAUUAUAUUCAGUAGAAGAAUAUAAGCCAGCUCAUAAUAAAGAAUGGGGCUUCCAUAAUGCACGUGUAAAUACGGUAGCCUGGUCUCCCAACUCUUUGUUGGUGGCCAGUGGUUCUUUGGAUACCACCAUUAUUAUAUGGUCGGUAUCUAAUCCCGCCAAACAUACCAUUAUUAAAAACGCUCAUCCUCAAUCUCAAAUUACUCGUUUAGUAUGGUUGGACAAUAACACUGUGAUCUCUACUGGUCAAGAUUGUAAUACCAAAGUCUGGCAUGUUGAGACUAUUUAAAUUUAAAUAACAUAACUUUUAAAUGAGUUUCUCUUCAUCCUCAAUUAUCUAUCUUUAACACAAAUUAUUAAUUACUUUAAAUCAUGUUCAUGGCUUUGAGGUUUUCUUCUACAACAACAAUCAAAACAAAACAAAAAAACCUUAACAGUUUUCAUCUAAUGCAUUUUAUUUGUACUUUUUUCACGUUUGCUCCUGCCUCCUUCUUCGUUUGCAUUUGUUUUUAAGUUUACAAAGUAUUCAAAACAUAAAAAGUUUGUAUUUUUCCUCUUCUUUAUUAAAUUAUUUAUUCAAUUUUUUGUAAUUAUUUUUAUGUUUUUGUUUAAUUGUAGAUUUUUAUUUUGCUUUUUUAAAAAAAAAAAAAAAAAUACACUCUUUUUCUAAUUCUAACUACGUUUUUGGAAGCGUAAUUUUAUAUCAAGAAACAAAAUAAACAUAUUUUGCAAUAAUUUUCAAGAAAAAA